GAAGUGUUUAAUUGGCCAUAGCAGCAAAAGGAUGUAUGAGGAACGCUGUCGUAUUUAUUAGAGGGCAUAAUGCAGAAUCCUUUAACUUUUUCUGCAGAUGAACACAAAUCCCCUUCUGAUAUCAUACAAAGUUGUCAGAAGAAAAGCCAAUUUAGGACAAUCGCUCCAAAAAUGGUAUCGAAAGUUUUAACACCUGGAGUGGUUUCUUGUCUCCAGUCACCUUUGCCUGAACAAAAUACACCUGUUUCGGCUGCAGGUUCCAAACCACUGGUAGUGCCUACACAAAACUAUGCAGUGAUGCAGGUUGCUGCUCACGAGGGAACUUUUUCUGUUCUGGCUUUGCCUUAUGUUACCCCGGCAGUAACACAGCAAAUGCAGCAGUCCAAGAGGAGCCCUUCUGAAAAUCCCAAGCUGCCUAUCCCUAGGUACCAGUCUGUGAGAAAUAAAAUGCUGAGUGAGAAGAAAACAACUCAAAUCUCUGCUCUGGCUGCGCCUGACAAGAUUGGUACCAAAGCCCACGUCUCAUCACAGGCCUCCCCCGUGACUGCGGUAGCUGAAGACUAUCCUGAAGCUCAUAGCAGUUCAGAUUCGUCUGAGCAAGGGAUGUCAACGGACCAUGGUUCAGCUGGAAUUGCAGUUGCUGCACUACUGAAUGAAAGUCAUGGUGUGGAUUUGGGGGCUCCUUUACUAAACAAAGCACACGUUACUAACGGUAAUGUUUCUGGACCAUCUGGAAGUAAGGAAUCUUCAACCAAGCCAGCAAGUACCGGUAAUCUCAUAAAGGACUCUGUGAAGUUAGCGUUUGAAAACACAAAAAAUCCACUCAUCUUGUCCAAGAAACUAAAAGAAAAAAACAUGAAUUCUGCAAAUUCUGUCAGGAUAUUGUCACCAGCAGUUUCUGGCAGUGCAGUACAGCUAACUCCAUCUGCACCAAAAGGAAAGCUUCCAAUUCUGCCUUACUCAAGAGUGAAAAAUACAAUAUUUUCUAAAUCUAAGCAAAAUGCUGAUGCUAUAGAUGUAUCUGGUCCUUCGCUAAGAUCUGAUUGUGAAAAGACACCAUCUUUGAUGAAAACCCUUCAUGCUCCUACUAAGACAUCUGAUAAACGAUUAGCUGUAUCUUUUACACAAGUUCCCUGGCAAACCAUUCGAGAAAAUAGCUUAUGUCCAUCCAAUAAAGUGGAUGUUGACAAUCUUAAAAAAAUGAAUGUUCUGUCCUCUAAAAGAAGAGGCAGAAAAAGAAGAACCCCCGAUGACUUGUUGGCUUUUCAGUCCAAGCGAAGGAAAUGCAAGUUCAGAGAAGGAAGAGAAAGGAUGAAAGUUGAUCUUCAACAACCUCAAGACAAAAAAACAGAAGCAGUGAAAAAAUACCGUAAUAUUAGACCGAAGCCUGUGGUGGUAGUUCAGGCUUUUGCACCGCUGACUCCUGCAGCAAUAGUGGGGACAAAAUUUCCUGAUCAUUUAGAGCCAGGUCCUAUUUUAAAUAGCUCACUUCCCAAUAAAUAUUUAAAUUACAAACAUAAUGAUGCCCCCUCUGCCAAAUCAAGUGACUUAAAUAGAAAUGUAUAUUCAACCAAACCUAAGCUAUGGCAUAAAUGUCAUGUCUGUAACCAUAGCUUCAAAUUUAAACACCAUCUUCAGGACCAUAUGAACACACAUACCAACAAAAGGCCCUACAAUUGUUGGUUUUGCCGGAAAGCGUAUAUUCAUUCUGGAAGCCUGAGCAAACACAUAAAAGUUCAUCACAAGGAAGGCAGAGGCAAAAAGCUGGUGUGUUGCGAGUUCUGUGCUAAAGUUUUUGGCCAUGCAAAAGUAUAUUUUGGCCAUCUAAAGGAGGUUCACAGAGUUGUUAUCAGCACAGAGCCCUCUACUAGCGAGCAACAGCUGCAGGAUGCUUUAAAGAACAGAGAUACGAAUACGAAAGAGCCAGAAGAAGCAACAGAGAGAGGAGAUAAGUGCAAUUUUGAAGACCUUUUCCAUAAUUCCGGAGAAGUCAAAUUACAGAUAAAAUGUGGUCGAUGCCAAUUUAUUGCACAGUCUUUUGCUGAAAUGAAGUUUCAUUUAUUGUACUGUCACGGAGAAGAGAUCCAAGGAAGAGUAAAGGAAGGGAUUUUGCAAGGAAAUAGAGGAACUAAAGGGGAAUUGGUCAAACAUGCAGCUCACUUCUGGAAACAGCACAAUGAGAGAAGAUGUUUAGCAAAAUCCAGUGCUCAAGAGGAGGAGUUUUAUAGUUUUCCAAAAUUGAAAAGGCAAAUAUAUGCUCACCAUCAGAAUAAAGCUGAUGUGUUAUCUAAAAGUGAAAUAACUGAGCCAGAACACAGUGAAGCAGCCAAGGAGAUGCAAAAUUUAGAUUGUGGUACACCAAGCAAAAAAAUUGAAAUUUGGUCUAAGGCUGGAUAUAACUGCAUUUUGUGUAAGCAGUUGUUUGGAAGAAAAGAUGAUCUUUGUAGUCAUUGGCAGAAUCAUCAUAACUGUGAAGACCCUUCUGUUUUAUGGACAAUUUUUAAUUUGUUCUCAAAACAAGGAAUAAUUGACCUUUCUAAUAGCAGUGAAUAUUAAAGCUGAAUUUUGCAAUGCUAUGAAAAAUAUGAACUACAUUC